AGUGACGUUCUGAGUGUUGGUCUCCGCAGAGAUCCUCACCAUCGGUCUGAUCAAUCAGGCUCUGAGCCGCAGCGACCCUCAGAAGACGCUCUCGGCGCUGAUGCUGCCCUCCAGCGGCCUGCAGGACGUCCUGCCGCUCAACGCCGGACGCUACCACGACGUGCUGACCCGAGCCAAACGACACAAGGCUGAGCUGAGCCGGGACCCGGGAGCUGAGCUCUGGUUGGCUGACAUUCAGGACGCUGUGAGACUGGCCAAUCAGGACACUCAGAAAGCACUGAAGAUGUGUCUGGGUCUGGCGGCGGUCAAUCAGGCUGUAAAAGAGGGCCGAGCGUCUCAGACGUUGCGUGUUCUGCGUCUGCCAGAGGUGGCGCUGCGGAGCGUAGUGUCCGGAUGUGCUGAUGGGUAUCAGACGGAGCUGACCGCUCUGCUCCGCGCCAAAACACUGGAGGGUGAUAACAGAAGCCCGUGGAUGAGGACGAAGCUGCCAGACAGCAGCUCUUAUUUCUUUCAUCUGCAGAAGCUGGAGGGCACCUGGGAAAGACCUCAAGGCUUCGUGCAGAACAGCAGCUUCCUGACACACGAGGAGAUACAGGCCGUGUGCAGUAGUGUGACUGCGGCUCACAGCAGAGGAGUGCAGUGGAAGGCCAGUGAGCCGCUAGUUCUGCAGCUGCAGGCGCACAUGAGAGGAUUCCUGCUGCGACAGAAGCUCGCCGAGCGAUUGCACUUCCUGAACACACAGCUGCCCGCCGUCAUCACCAUCCAGUCUCACUGGAGGAGGUUGGUUCAGCAGAGAGAGUAUCGCCGCAGACUGCAGCAUCUCUACCAGAACUGGAGAGCCGUCGUCAAGAUCCAGGCCACGGUGAAGAUGUGGCUCGCCCGCAGGAGAUACCUCGCCCGCCUCGCUUACUUCCGGAGACACGUUGGAGCUAUAAUUCGGAUCCAGGCGUUCUUCAGAGCCAGCAGGACCCGAGAGGAGUAUCACUUACUGGUUCACUCCAGCGCUCCGCCGCUCUCCGUCGUGCGUAAGUUCGCUCACCUGCUGGAGUUUGGUGACAGUGACAUCCGUCAGGAGGGAGAGCUGCAGCGUCUCAGAGAGGACGUGGUGAGGUCCAUCCGGGCCAACAGACAGCUGGAGGCCGACCUGGACCUGAUGGACCUGAAGAUCGGCCUGCUGGUCCGCAACAGAGUCACACUACAGGAGGUGGUGUCUCACUGUAAGAAGCUCACUAAGAAGAAUAAGGAGCAGUUGAGUGACAUGAUGGCUCUGGACAAACACAAAGGCCUGAAAGCUCUUAGUAAAGAGAAGAGAGACAAACUGGAAGCCUAUCAGCACCUCUUCUACCUGCUGCAGACCCAGCCGCUGUAUCUGGCUCAGCUGAUCUUCCUGAUGCCUCAGAAUAAAAGCACCAGGUUCAUGGAGACAGUGAUCUUCACGCUCUUCAACUACGGCUCUGACUGCAGAGAGGCCUUCCUGCUGCUGCAGCUCUUCACCGCCGCGCUCCGCCACGAGAUCCAAGUGAAGGUGGACCGGCCGCAGGAAGUGGUCACAGGAAGUCCCACCGUCAUCAAGAUGCUGGUGAGUUUCUACCGUCACGCUCGCGGUCAGAACGCGCUGAAGGACGUCCUGGGACCCUCCAUCAGAGACAUGCUUCAGGACCGAAGCCUCAACAUCCGCACCGACCCCCUGGAGAUCUACAAGAGCUGGAUCAACCAGACCGAGAGCCAGACGGGACAGAAGAGUGGUUUGCCGUAUGAGGUGAGCGUCGAGGAGGCUCUGAGUCACUCUGAGGUCCAGCAGAGGCUGAGCAUCUCCAUCACCAACCUGAAGAACCUGACGGAGCGCGUCUUACACGCCAUCAUCAGCAACACACACAAGCUACCGUACGGUUUGCGUUACACUGCUAAAGUUCUGAGAGACGCCCUGCAGGAGAAGUUUCCUCAGGCCGGUGAAGACGAGCUCUACAAGAUCGUGGGUAAUCUGAUCUACUAUCGCUACAUGAACCCUGCGAUCGUGGCUCCGGACGGCUUUGACGUGGUGGAGUUCGGGGCUGGUUCUGCUCUGCUGCCGGGUCAGCGGCGGACACUGGGCUCCAUCGCCCGCAUCCUGCAGCACAGCGCCGCGCUCAAACACUUCCACGGAGACUCAGCACACCUGAGAGCUCUGAACGAGUACAUCACACACACUCACAGCCGCUUCAGGAAGUUCCUGCGUGCUGUGUGUGACGUGCCUGAGCCGGAGGAACGCUUCAACAUCGAUGAAUAUUCCGAGACGCUGAUCCUCAACAGACCCGUGAUCUACAUCUCCAUCAGUGAACUCAUCAACACACACAGACUGCUGCUGGAGCAUCAGGACUGUCUGUGUCCCGAUCCGUCGGAUCCUCUUCAGCAGCUGCUGCAGGAUCUGGGCUCCGUGCCGUCUGUUCAGGAUCUCAUAGGAGAAGGGCAGCUCAACCCUUCAGAUCCUAAUGCGGAGCAGACUUUAUCAAAGAUGGAGGUUUCUCUGACCCUCACCAGCAAGUUUGACGUCUUCAAGAGCUCUGAUGAGAAGCCUGAUGCGCGAGGGAUCCUGCUGAGCACUAAGCAGUUGAUCAUCGAUGUGAUCAGAACGCAGCCCGGUGACACACUCAGUGAGGUGCUGCGAGUCUCCGCCUCCAGAGAUCAGGAGGUGCAGCACGGCUGGAUGAUGCAUAUGAUGGAUCUGAGAGAUAAGAGAGAAGCACGGAGACCGGAGAAGGUGAAGAGUAGGAUCGCAGACGGGAACCUGACGCUGGAGGAGAAGAAGAGGAAGAUCCAGAGGAACCUGAGGAGACUGGAGACCAUCGGGGCCCUCAGCCCCCCCGACACACACACACAGAUACUGCAGCUCAUCGCAAAGGACAUCCGUCAUCAGCGUGUGUAUCGUCAGCGGCGUCAGGCGGAGCUGGUCAAACUCAGAGAGACACUGAACUCCCUGCAGUGCAAGAGCUGCUUCCACUCAGAGCAGGUGGAUUAUUACAGCCAGUACAUCCACACCUGCCUGCAGAACCUCACCAACAGUAAAGUCAAUGGGAAGAAAGCGUCUGACAGUAAAGGGAAGAAGAAGCGGGCGACUCUCUCGUACACAGCUGCACGUCUGCAUGAGAAAGGAGUUCUGCUGGAGAUUGAAGACCUGCCCGUCACACAGUUCAAGAACGUGAUCUUUGACAUCGUUCCCGGUGACGAGGACGGCACGUUCCUGGUGAAGGCUCGUUUCAUGGGGGUGGACAUGGAGAGAUUCCCGCUCAAAUAUCAGGAUCUGCUGCAGCUGCAGUACGAGGAAGUCGCCGUGAUGAAGAUGUUUGAUAAAGCCAAAGUCAACGUCAAUCUGCUCAUCUUCCUCCUCAACAAGAAAUUCUUCAAGAAGUGAUCUGAUUCCUGUAACACUCCAGAUAAACUGCUGCUUUAUGCUCCCAGUGUAUUUUAUUUUAUUACCAAAAAUUACUCUGGAUAUAUUCAUGACGCUAUCAUAUAUAUACGUUUAAUUAUUAAUCAUUUUCAUUUAGAAUGAAGCUUUACUUUAAUUGAGUGAAUCACAGAAGAUGUAGAGAAAACACUAGUAAUAGUUAUCCAGCGGUUAUCAGGUGCAACACUAUUUUAGUUGAAAGUGUCUCAAAAUAAUAAUUCUGUGUAAAUAUUUUCUGUCGUUCUGUCUGUUUUCUCUUCUGAAAUUUCCUCUUCCUCUCGUCUGCUUUUAUGUCAUUUAUGAGUGUCCAGU